GACUCAACGUCUCCUGUCGGCAAAAACUGGAUAUUGUCUUCACAAAGUGAUUUUUGAGUUUGUCCCGCAAGAGGUACAUCCUUUCUGGCUAGAGCUUCAACGUUCAAGUUGAUGUUUGGUCGGAUCCAGAAAGUAAUAUCAACUCCACUACUAUAGUCUGUGACACAACUUUUAUUUUUAAGGAAUUCCCGAAUAGUCUUCUAAAAUGUCUUUCCAGUACCCAUAUGCUUACCGCGAUGAGGCAGUUGUGGAUGACUACCAUGGCCACAAGGUACCAGACCCGUACAGCUGGCUGGAGGAUCCAGACAGCGAGAAGACGCAGGCUUUUGUCAAUGCUCAGAACCAGCUGACCUUACCCUUCCUGGAGCGCUGUGAGGUGCGGGAUCUGUUCAAGGAGCGUAUGACGGAACUCUACGACUACCCCAAAUAUAGCUGCCCCUUCAAGAGGGGGAGCAGGUAUUUCCACUUCUAUAACACGGGCCUUCAGAACCAAAGUGUCAUGUAUGUUCAGGAGAGUCUGGAGGCAGAGCCUGUGGUCUUCCUAGACCCAAACACGUUCUCUGAGGACGGGACUGUGGCUUUAAGAGGAUACGCUUUCUCGGAGGACGGCGAGUACCUGGCAUACGGCACCAGUGCCAGCGGAUCGGACUGGGUGGAGAUUCACUUCCUGCAGGUGGAUGGAGCUGUGGCCCUAAAGGACAGACUGGAGAGGGUGAAGUUCAGCUGCAUGUCCUGGACCCAUGACGGGAAGGGCCUGUUCUACAACUCUUACCCGAAGCAAGAGGGCAAAAGUGACGGAACCGAGACGUCCACUAACCUUCACCAGAAGCUGUACUUCCAUGUUUUGGGAACCCCCCAGUCUCAGGACUGCCUGUGCGCCGAGUUCCCGGACCACCCCAAGUGGAUGAGCGGGGUGGAGGUGUCAGAUGACGGGCGCUACGUCCUCCUGUCCAUCAGAGAGGGUUGUGACCCAGUCAACCGGCUGUGGUACUGCGACCUUCAAAGCACCCCCCAGGGCAUCACAGGCCUGUUGCCGUGGGUGAAGCUGAUUGACAACUUUGAUGCCGAGUAUGAGUAUGUAACCAAUGAGAGCACAGUGUUUACCUUCAAGACCAACCUGGAGGCCCCACGCUACCGCCUCAUCAACAUCGACUUUGCACGUGCCGCCCAGGUCAACUGGAAAGAGCUCAUCCCCGAGCAUGACAAGGAUGUCAUCGUGUUUGCCACCUGUACCUACUCUAGCUUCCUGUUUGUCUGUUUCCUGCACGACGUGAAGAAUGUGCUGAAGAUGUACCGUCUGAGUUCAGGCGAGGAGCUCCGGACCUUUCCCCUGGAUGUGGGCUCCAUAGUGGGCUUCACCGGACGCAAGAGGGACUCUGAGAUCUUCUACUACUUCACAUCUUUCCUCUCGCCAGCCAUCAUCUACCACUGUGACCUGACAAAGGACCCUCUGCAGCCUCACGUCUUCCGGGAGGUGACGGUCAAGGGCUUUGAUCCCUCCGACUAUCAGACCACACAGGUGUUCUACCCCAGUAAGGACGGUACUGAAAUCCCCAUGUUCAUCGUCCAUAAGAAGGGGCUGAAGCUGGACGGCUCUCACCCGGCCUUCCUUUAUGGCUACGGCGGGUUCAACAUCUCCAUCACGCCCAGCUACAGCGUUUCACGGCUGAUAUUUGUCCGACACAUGGGGGGCGUGUUGGCUGUAGCUAACAUCAGAGGAGGAGGGGAGUAUGGAGAGACCUGGCACAAAGCGGGGAUGCUUGCCAACAAGCAGAACUGCUUCACAGACUUCCAGUGUGCAGCAGAGUAUCUCAUCAAAGAGGGCUACUCGUCCCCCUCCAAGCUCACCAUAAACGGAGGCUCCAACGGGGGCCUGCUCGUAGCGGCCUGUGUGAACCAGCGGCCGGAGCUAUUUGGCUGUGCCGUGGCCCAGGUUGGCGUCAUGGACAUGCUCAAGUUCCACAAGUUCACCAUCGGACACGCCUGGACCACCGACUUUGGCUGCUGCGAGGUCAAGGAGCAGUUUGACUGGCUCAUCAAGUACUCGCCGCUCCAUAACAUCCGCGUGCCCGAAGGCGAAGGCGUCCAGUACCCCGCUGUCCUCCUCCUCACAGGCGACCACGACGACCGCGUGGUCCCCCUGCACUCCCUGAAGUACAUCGCCACUCUGCAGCACGUGUUGGGUCGCUGGCCGGGCCAGACCAACCCGCUGUUCAUCCACGUGGACACAAAGUCAGGCCAUGGCGCUGGCAAGCCCACCAGCAAAGUCAUCCAGGAAGUGGCCGACACGUACGCCUUCAUCUCCCGGUGCCUGAACAUCUCCUGGGUCAAAUGAGGAUGGUGGGAGUCACGGGACCCGGCGGCGAUAUCUUCACAGUUCUUUCCGUCUACUCCCUCUCUUUUACCCCCUUGUCUUCCCUAAUGCACCUCUCUUUCUUUGUCUCUCAUAUGUACUAACCACCUUUCCAUUUCAUGAACGCUAACUUCAGAUCUGUUUGUCCCCUCCUUUCCUCCCCCCUCUCCCUGUGUGAGCCAAUUUCAGUUAGGGCUUCAGGACAAUAUUGUUACCGACUCCCCCAAAACCUCCCCAUCAAACCUCCCUCAUCCCCACGGCCAGCUCCCCAGCACCUUCCCAACCGCUGGCGCACACUUCUGUCCCCUAAUCCUGAUCUGCGGUAAUACUCCAUGGAUAUUCGGACUCUUGUAGGCAGAACCUUGUUUCGGUGUGUGUUCAUUGUUGAGAGAUGCGUGAUACUGGUUGGGACGGUGCCGGUAAAUACUGGUGGUUUUCCCCUGACAGAGCAAGGCUGUAGGGGGAUUACGGCGCGGUGCUGCCGGCUUCGCAAACGGACCGACGUAUUUAUUUAUGAAUUGGUGUAUUGGAAUGCUGUUCAGUAAUAUCGGCAGAUUAAGGGUUUUUUGACGUCUAUGAUUUCAACAUUUCACAGUGACUGAAAGGGUUGGGUUAUUUCGUUGCUUUGUGUUGAGGAGCGUGACUGGGUGAGUGAGUGAAUAAUUGAGUGACUGGGUCAACACAUCCUCUGACUGAUGUUAAUUUCUACCUCUCGACAUGUGCUGAUUGUUUAGCUGUCUUGCAAAGGGAUAUGAACAAGAAAAUAUGCCACAAAUUCAAUAAAGUUUUUGAACAGCCA